AUGGAACCCACUUCUCAAAUCCCGUUGUUUGAUCUUCCGACCGAGCUUGUCCUUUGCAUCAUUAAACAUGCUGCAAGACCUACUUUCGAUAAAAGUAACGAAAAUCCCUAUUCAUCCGCGCUCUCACUCUGUCGCGUCUCCCGAAUUUUAAGACACGUCGUCCUGCCCGAACUUCUACACACAGUAUUACUCCCGGAAUACCGCAACGUGGCGGCCUUCGUACGUGCUCUGCGCCUGCAGAACGCAUACGCCCAACAAGGAAAUGACCUUCAUUUCGACUACGCAGCCCGCGUAGGCAAGAUUUGGAUCGGAAAAAUCUGCGAACCUCCCUCCGAAGCUCCAUUGCACAACAGCCUUUCCCCACAUGCACAGUCUGAGCCUGACAUCGACUUUAGCGUCCUGGGUCCAGUACUGCUAUCCGCACCGUCCCUUGCACUUGACUUUGGAAGUCUGUGGCUUCUUUCCGGCUGCCUUGAGUCCGCAUGGGAUUCCCACAUUGACAUCAAUAAUCGCCCCCGCGAAUGUUCUCCUCGGAGCACAAAAGCUUUGACCCUAGUGGGGGAUAUCACUCGCUGGGACCCUCUCACAAGCACCGCCAAAGGAUCCGUUUUCCUUGCUGCUAUCUCUCACCUCACCUUCCUCUCACAAUUCGACAACAUUUGGUUCGUCACCCGAAAUUACUACUACCCCGCGUCAGAGCGCCGGAACCACCCGCUCCCUAAGUGGAUGACGGUCGUUCCAUGGGCUUCUUUCCAAAGCCUCCACACCGUCUCAGCCAUCCUCCCGUUUAUCACGAUCGCAGGCCCUUUGUUAUCAAUGUAUCAGGACACGGACGUUGAGAUGCUGACGCUGUCCGUUUCCUCGCCGUCUGGCCCUUGGGUACACAAGACCGUAAAGGAGUACACUGAGAGCGGGGAAGGGCGUCUUUCGUCAGUUGAUGUUCGCCUUAAAUCGGGGCAUCCUCGCGCGUUUAAUGCUUGCUAUGAUUGGGAGGAGGGUUGGGCUUGUGGACUAUUGUAG